AUGGAUCGUAGUCAUUUCUGCUUGUAUCCGAUAUACAUCGAUAGCACAAAGUCAGUAUCAGAAGGCAGGAAGUAUGGAAUUGAUGUUUGUGUUCCUGCACCUAAAUGGCAGGAAAUAAAAAGUGCUCUGUGUAAGCUUGAUAUUGAGCAUGUGUCUGAGCCAGGAAGCAUGCAUCCAAGAGACUUUAUGAAGCCAGGAAGGUUUCGCAUCAAUAAGAAGUAUGGAAAGAGGUUUGUUGUUGAGGGACUGAGCGCUACAAUCAUGGAGACAAGAAAGGGCAUACAGAAGCAGUCAGGAACUGGUCAAGCACAUUACAAAGCACCGAAAGGCAUUGUCCAGAACGGACUGUAUGUCGAGAACAAGCUCAACUUAGUCAGGAAGAAGAAGAACAAGAAAAAGCAAUAA